AUGCGACUGUUCCCCCUCCCCCAAGUUGAUGUUGGCGGUAUGGAUGGCCCCGGCCCCAACUGGGGCUGCAUCCCCCCCGAGGCCCUGCUCUACAUCUACCUCCAGCUUGAUCCGCAAUCCGUUUGUUUGGCCUCCCUGGUGUGCCAGCAAUGGAGGAGCAUCGCCGACUCCCCGUCCCUGUGGCGCCAUUUUCUUCGGCGCGAGGGGGCCGCCGUGCCGGACUCGGAGGGCGGGCAUGGAGAGUCUCUGCCCAUGAGGGCGCAAUUCAUCCGCGUCAAGACGUCCAGGCUGCACACCUGGGGGGAGAAGACGGUCGCCCUCGAGGCCAGCCCCUUCCGCAGGCUCACCGCUCCCCAUCCGGUGUGCGUGGGGGCACUGCGCCUCGGCGCGGCGCACACGGACGCGAACGGCUCCGAUCGCCUGUCGGGGAUCGGUGAGGAGUGCUCCUCCCUGAGGGCGGUCAGCUGCGGGGAGGACUUUUCUGCAAUGCUGACUUGGGAUGGGCGCGUUGUGGACACGAGGUUCCUGGCCGGCGUCGACCGGAUGCCCUGGAGGCCGCCCUCCCAGACGGUGGUGGCCGUGGCCGCGGGAGGGCCCCGGAAAGGUGGCAAAGGAGGCCAUGUGCUAGCAUUGACGUCAAGCAGCGAAAUUUGGGGCUGGGGCGACAACUCCAAAGGGCAGCUGGGCAUUGGUUCUGCUCAGCAUUUCGUAUCUGCUCCAGAAGCCGUCCUAAACAUGCAUGAGGAUGACAGAAUUAUUGGCGUUGACUGUGGAAAGUACCACAGUCUUGCAUGGAGUCAAGGGGGGCAGCUGUACUCUUGUGGCGAUAACUCCUGUGGAGCUUGUGGGCUUGGCAAGGACAUGGAGCAGGUGCCUCUAAUCCUUGAAGUGGAUGUUCGCGGUGUCCGCAUUGCUAAUGCUGCAGGGGGAGCCGUCAACACUGUUGCUUGCAGCCAGGAGGGACGAGUUUUUGUGUGUGGGGACAACAGAUUCGGCCAGUGUGGCAAAUUGGCGUCAGGCUAUACCAUCUACAACUUUUUGCCCAACGGUCCCGACGCCUCAUGGCCUGGCAUGCCACGCUCUGGACAAAAGGUGAACGGUGGUGGAGGAGAAGCAACACAAAAGGUACAAAGAAGGCCUGGCGAAAUUUGGAUGCUGUCAAUGUGA